AUGGCCACGUCGUUACCGGCCACUUUACCAGAGGUGAUCCGGCCAUACCACGGUCGCAUUAAUAACGAGGCUGCUGAAUCAAUCCUCCAGCUUGGCAGUGAUGCUUGGGCGCGACUUCAGCGAACGUCCACUGCCACAUCAACUUCGGAAUCUGGCGGUACAGCGACAGAGCCGAGCUCAGUAUCGUCACAGUCAUCCAUCGAAAUCGAUGCCGACAUCGCUAAAGCUACAGCGGCUGCACCAUGCAAAACUCAACAGGCCUUCUCGAUACAGCCCGGACAUGUCUCGCACGCAGAUCAGAUAUGCAAUAUAGGCCGCUCGGUCUUCGCCGCGACUUUCGGUUUCUCCAUACCGCCGGCUGACCUGGCCCAGUACCUUGUUGACAGCUACAGUCUUGAAGCGAUUCAAGCCGAUUUUGCAGACCCGAAUCGUCACUUCUUGGUGGCCGUCAAGUCAUCGAAAUCAUCAGACCGACCGGAAGUGCAGGAGGUUCUUGGCUUUGUCGAGAUCGCAUAUCAUACCACCGAGCCCUGUCUUUCAAACCUUCCUCAAGAGUCACUAGUAGAACUCCAGCGUCUCUACAUCUCGUCCGAGCAUCAGAGUCUUGGCGUCGGCCGCGCGUUGAUUGCAGCUGCCCAGGAAUUAGCACGAAGUCUCGCAGCAAGAAAGCAGCCAAGCGAAGACCCUGAAGACUACGAUGAAGAGGAGGCGGAUGCCGAUGACGAUGGUGAGGAGUCAGCCUCGCGGAGGCUCAGACAGCGGAAGCUCAGGAAAACAAGAACUCAUGCUAGCAAGAAAACUGAUCCGGUCAUCAAUAUGUGGCUCGGUGUAUGGGAGGGAAAUUUCGUCGCGCAGGGUGUUUACGAGAAGGCAGGAUUCGAACGUGUUGGCGAUCACGAGUUCAGAAUGGGCAGAUGUGUUCAGAUCGACUGGAUCAUGGUCAAACAAUUGUAG